CUGAGAUUGAUUCUGGCUUCCUUCUUCUUACAGUCUUCUUCGCCCUAAAACAGUCUUCCUUCCUUCCUUCUUCUUCAUCUCUGUAUCUUCUCCAGCUCUGCUCAAACAUUAAGAGAUUAACUUUUUUUUCUUCCGAUUUGAUUGUUUCUCCGGUGAGAUGAUCUAGUUUCUAUAUUCGGAUUAGUUCCUCAAUGAUGGCUACUCUCAAGGGUUUUGGCAGCGAUGGAAUCAUCAUUUGGGGUGAGACUUUUGAGUACUGCUGAAGAAGCUUACUUACUUACUCGGUGGACUUUCAAAGAUUUCUCCUUUCAUUUCUCUCUUUCUAUUAAUCUUUGGUGGUGUCUGGAUCAAAAUAUUUCUCAUAGUCUCUUUCUCUUUUUUUUUUUGCAGUUGCUUUAGAAUUUUAAAAGAGGUGCUUUUCAAUUAGAAGAAUCAAUUACAACGGCUUUUUGCUAUUUGGAGGAGGUCAAAGAUGGUUUCUUUGUUAUAUUAGAGAGGAUUUGAAGCAGCGGAAAGCUGCUAAGAUCUGGUUUUGAUGGAUACAAAUACAUCUGGAGAUGAGUUAUUAACCAAGGCAAGAAAGCCGUAUACUAUUACAAAGCAGCGGGAACGAUGGACAGAGGAUGAGCAUGAUAGGUUUCUUGAAGCCUUGAGGCUUUAUGGAAGGGCCUGGCAACGCAUAGAAGAACAUAUUGGGACAAAGACUGCUGUUCAGAUCAGAAGUCAUGCACAAAAGUUCUUCACCAAGUUGGAGAAAGAGGCUGAAGCUAAAGGCAUUCCUGUUUGUCAAGCUCUCAACAUAGAAAUCCCACCUCCUCGUCCUAAAAGAAAACCCAAUACUCCUUAUCCUCGCAAACCUGGCCCAUCUUCCUCUCAAGCACCAUCAGCAAAACUUGCCUCUUCUUCACAAUGUAACCAGGCUUUCUUGGAUUUGGAAAAAGUGCCCAUUAACGAGGAAACAUCAACUGGGAAAGAAAAUCAAGAUGAUAACUGCUCAGGGGUUUCUACUGUGAACAAGUUUCCCUUACCAAAGAAACCUGAACCGUCUCUAAGAAAGGAGAGUGCUGAUAAUGGAACAAGUAAGGCGUCAAAUGUGGAAAACAUGGUUCAAGAUCUUCCCGAGAAGAACAAAGACAGAGUUGCUGACAGCGCAAGGAACUACCCUUGGCAUUUCCCCGCGGAUUUUGUAAACGGAAAUGGGGCAAAAUGCGCUCAGUUUCAUCCCCCUCCAGGUAUGGUAUCUCAAGACUUGAUGUUUUGUCCUAUGGGAGAUCGUGUUCACGGGCACGUGAAUCUUCCAGCUACCACAACAUCUUCUGCUACUACUACUACUACAACUACUUCUCAACAGGCGUGCCCUUCUCAGGAUGUUUACCGUUCGUUUCUUCACUUCUCCUCUACUUUCCCCAAUCUCAUUAUGUCAAGUCUCCUACAGAACCCUGCAGCUCAUGCUGCAGCCACGUUCGCUGCUUCGGCCUGGCCCUAUUCCAAUGUCGGGAACUCGGGAGAUUCAUCAACGCAAAUGAGCUCUUCUCCUCCUCCUCCAAGUAUAGCUGCUAUAGCUGCUGCUACGGUAGCUGCUGCAACUGCUUGGUGGGCUUCUCAUGGACUUAUUCCUGUGUGUGCUCCUCCUCCUCCUACUCCAGUCACAUGCCUUCCAUUACCAACCUUUGCUGUUCCAACUCCCUCAAUGGAGAAGAUGGAUACCGUUAAAAGUAAUCAAGAACCGCUGGAGAAACAGAACACAGCUCUGCAAGAUCAAAAAAUGGCUUCAAAAUCUCCAGCUUCAUCAUCCGACGAUUCAGAAGAGACUGGAAUAACCAAGCUAAACGCUGCCGACUCGAAAACAAAUCGUGACAAGGAGGAAGUUAUUGUUGACGCUGCUGCUGCUGAUGCUUUGCAUGAUCCAAACGCGUCCCCAAAGAAAAAGCUGGUGGACCGCUCAUCGUGUGGGUCAAACACACCAUCAGGAAGUGACGCGGAAACAGACGCAUUAGAUAAGAUGGAGAAAGAUAACGAGGAUGUAAAGGAGGCAGAUGCAAACCAGCCAAGUGUUAUUGAGUUAAGCAACCGUCGGAGUAAAAUCAGAGACAACAAUAACAACCAAACUACUGAUUCAUGGAAAGAAGUCUCCCAAGGGGGUCGUAAAGCGUUUCAGGCUCUAUUUGCAAGACAGAGAUUGCCUCAGAGCUUUUCACCUCCUCAAGUGGAGGAUAAUGUGAAUGGAAAACAAAGCGACACGUCAAUGCCAAUGGCUCCUGAUCUCAACAAGAUUCAAGGUUCUUGUGAUGCAGACCAAGAAAGUGGAGUAAUGAUGAUAGGUGAUGGACAGGGGAAGAGCCUUAAAACGAGACAGUCAGGGUUUAAGCCAUACAAGAGAUGUUCUAUGGAGGUGAAAGAGAGUCAAGAUGGGAACACGAACAAUCAGAGCGAUGAAAAAGUCUGCAAGAGGAUUCGAUUGGAAGGAGAAGCUUCAACAUAAAACAACCAGACUUUCUUUUGAGGUAAAAUAAAAAAAAUCCAUUUUUACCAAUAUCUUUAAGUCAAGUGUUAGUACCUGCUUCUUCAAUCUUUAUGAAAGAGACUUAUUUUUUUCUGUUUCUAGAUCCAUCUGAACGGUUUCAUGUCAGGUCCUGUACUCCAUGUCUUGUCCCUUGUAUCUGUUUUGUGUCUGCUACUUCCUGUUUACUUGUCUGCUGCUGUUACUGUUACUGUUACUUGUUAAUUAACCACUAAAGCAAUGGAUCUACUAUGUCUUUACUCUUUUA